CUGGGUGGAGCUUCAAGAAGCCCGAACUAUGCAACCAAGGAUACAAAGACGUCUAGCUCGUCAAGUACCACCGGAUCCACAAUGUCAUUGUGAUACAGCGGGUCGCUGUCCACCUGGUCCACCCGGUAGACCAGGUAUGGACGGAAUGGAUGGUAUGCCUGGCCAACCAGGUCCACCAGGCGAACCUGGUCUUCCGGGGAUUACUAUACCGAUUGAGCCACCGAAAGACUAUGGUUCGUGUAGGGUAUGUCCACCAGGACCACCUGGCCAUGUAGGAUAUCCGGGACCUCCAGGACCGCCAGGAACACAGGGUACGCCGGGAAAUGAUGGUCUUCCGGGACAUCCAGGUCAGCCUGGCCCAGUUGGACCGCCAGGUGACAGCGGCGAGGCAGGACCAGUUGGUAAAGAUGGGCCACCAGGACCGCCAGGUCGAGAAGGAGUACGUGGAGCUCCAGGUGUAGUAGGCGAACCUGGUCCACGAGGUCAAAUCGGACCUAAAGGUUUCAUGGGUCCACCAGGAAAUCCAGGAAGUCCAGGUGCACAAGGUCCAGUGGGACCACAAGGAGAUGCUGGGCAACCGGGUCAACGUGGCUAUAUUGGUGGUACAGGUGGUCCUGGUUUUGCGGGUUCACCAGGUGAAGAUGCUGGGUAUUGCCCAUGUCCACAUCGGAGUACCAGAAAAAUUGUCAAAACGGCGACUAGCACAUCUAAAAAAUUAUGA